GCCUUCCUCUUGAAAUCUUUCUCAUCUCAAACGGAGCAAACUCCGAAAAGAAAGUGAAGGUCUUGUAGCUGCAUAUAUGCGGAUGUGGAAUUACUUUGAAUGUAGUCGUUACGUGUACUUUCGAAGAUAUUCUCCGGGCCUGGUCUGGAAAGUAGCAAGAGAAGCUGUGCGGAAUAUUCAACUGUUAUUCGAUAGCUGUCAUAUUCCAACCUGUAUCUCGAUUUCAAAUGAAGUUUUAGUGGAAUGGCCAAGGCGAAAAAGUCAAGUGAUGUAGUCUUGUCGCGUCGUGCCGCUAAAGAACUAACUCAAACUCGAGUCAUCUUUCGUCGUCUUCCACCGGCAACCACCGAGAGUGAGCUCCGGGAGCGUCUGAAAGAUGCUCCGGAGCAUGAGUUCCUGUACUUUUGCAAAAGUGACAGGAGUCUGGAACCGUUUGCCUUCUGCCGAGCGUACAUCAAUCUGAAGAGACCCGAGGAUGCUGUCAGAGUACGUGAACUGAUGGACGGCCAGCUAUGGAAGGAUAGUACAGGUCGCGAAUGCCCAGUGGUUGUGGAGUUUGCUCCCUACCAGAAGGUGGCACGAAGAACUCGCAAGAAAACUGACCCUAAAAUGGGAAGCCUGUGCGAUGAUCCGGAGUAUGUUGCAUUUCUGAAAACUUUGGAAACGGAAGAGGAGCCCCCACCACCACCGGAAGCCCUUGCAGAGGAGGACGAUCAGAAACAGAAGGAAGAAGAAGAGCUAAAGAAGCAUACCCCUCUAAUAGAGUUUAUUCGUCAGCGGCACACCAGUCGGCCACCACCAACUCGUGCGUCAGCUGCAGCAACUGGAAAGACAGCAAAGCCUGCAGAGAAGCAUGCUCCUGCAAGUACUUCUAAAGCAGCUGCCAGGCCAGCUGGUGGUCGUCCAACUACGUCUGCAAAGGAGAAGAAAAGUGAGGCCAGUAGUGGUGGGAAAUCAACGAAGGACUCGCAGCCAAGCCGCAGUCAUUCAAAAGAGGACUAUGAAGAGCACCCUGCACCUGAGAAAGGGAAGUCCAGCAGCCGCCCACCAAACUCCAAGCCGGCGGCGACCAGCGGUGAGAGCUCCUCAAGUUCAGGCAAGCACUCCCAUACGACCGAUGCAUCGUUCUCCUCGCACCGCGAGAAAGAGAGAGGCGCGCCUGCAUCUCGCCAUGCUGGCGAUAGUCGUGGAAAGACUCGCGCUAGCGGCGGCAGUAGCAGCAGCAAAGGCCAGGAGCACACCGGCGGCUCGCAGGGCAAACGCGGCGAGACCAGUAGCAGCAGCAGCAGUGCAGCUAGUGUCAAGACUAGUAGCAGUGCUACCAGCGCUGGUGUCGAUGGAAGAGAGGACCGCUACAAAGAAAGCGGCCACCAUGCUGAGAAGCCGCACGGCUCCGGACGCAGUGGCCGUGGCAGUGCCUCUUCAACAAAGGCAUUCGACAGCAGUAGCGGCGGGUCGAGGGCGAGUCGAGAAGACCCGUACGAUGACGGUGGCACGCAUGGCCGUGGCGGCAGUGGCCACUCCUCGUCACGCGGUGGAGGUCGCUCGAAGGACUCGUCCGGCGGUCGUAAGGGAACACCCCAUGGUGAUAGUGCAUCGGGCAGUGUAGACGCGCACGAGCCAAGUGCACGGUCAGAGCGUGCCGAGCCACGCCGUCCGGAGAAGUCGUCCAAGCACCGCGACCGUGACCACGCGCCGCCCAAGCGGACUGCAGCGGCCAGUGCAAGUGCUAGCAGCGGUGACACAGAACAUGCUGGUAGAGGUGAGAAAGCCGACGCUGAGCCGCGUAAGGUGCUGAUCCGCUCCAGCGGUGUUGCUAGUGCUGCUGAUGCUAGCAGUAAUGGCUCAGAUAGCCAGCCUGCUGCUGCUGCUCCUGCUACGGACAGUGGUGGUGGUGGUGGUGGAAAGGAGCAGCCGUCACGUAAAAAGCGCCCAGCACAGCAGAUUUACCAACCACGUGCACGGUUGGAGCGCGGUGAGAGAAGCGAGAGAGGGGAUCGCGGUGACAGAAGCGAGAGAGGGGAUCGCGGUGACAGAAGCGAGAGAGGGGAUCGCAGUGACAGAAGCGAGAGAGGAGGUCGUGCUGAGAGAAGCGAGAGGGGAGAUCGCAGUGAAAGAAGUGAGAGAGCGGAUCGCGGCGAGCGAGGCGGAGGAAGUGGCUCCCAGUACAGAUCUUCUCGCCAGGAGCAUCACGGCGGAGAAUCGCGUCACAAGUCGUCGCGCCCGGAGCGUGGUGGCGGAGAUUCGCGGCGAUCAGAAGGCAAAUCUCAGGCGGACAGUGGAAGAAGUGGCGGGGGCAGCAGCCGAGCUGACUCAAAGUCCAACUCCUAGCUCGCCGAUAGAUAAGGAGUUAAUCAGCUUUCCGCUUUCCAAACAUGACUAAGACCCAGCCGGCAACUACUUUCCCACACUUAGCAAUGAACUUGCAGUGGGUCCCAGCGAGAAGGCCAGCCAAACAUACCAGCCAAGUUGCGUUGAGGGCACGCUCUUGCCAAGAGCAGGUUCGGCCUGUCCAGACAGUACCAGCCCGUGAGACUACGGCUUGCCCGCUGCCACGUUGAAUUGCGAGCUCAAGUCGGCGGGACCACGUACAUGUACACGUACGUUCCCUAGAGAAGGUUUACUCCGCUCAGACUGUCCGCCUGCUCACGCACUGUGCAAUCCAACUAUUUCAACACCAUGCUCGUUGUCGGCUCUUACAAUUUGCAGAGUUUUAUGUCUAUCUAGGUGCAAUCGACUUGUGUCCAGUGGAGCUGGGUUUUUUUUUAUAAAGAACUGCUUGUUUUGCAAUGACUGGAUCUCCUACUUCCAAGUAUACUGUUGUGUUUCCUGUAUGGUGACUGGGGCAGCACUGCCUACGGCGCCCUGUACAUGUCACCGCACGUCCUGCUCACUGCGAUGUGAUGUGAUGAUGCGCCCGUACACAUGCAGUCGUGUAGCUACGUGUACUACAGACCACCUGGUUCACCAUUUCAGCGUUGGUUGCUGCCUUCCUUCCGUGCCCUCCCAGGGAUCAAACUGGCACUGUGUUUCCGUCAACAUGCUAUAUUUUACUCGAACAAUUUUUUAUAUUUUUUUCUGAUUUCUCAGUAGUGUUCCGGCCAGCCGUUUGUCUUUCAUGUCGUGGCCACGUAUCUGAUAGCACGUCUGUCGGCCAAGCUGAUAAUGGCCUGGUUGGCUUGUAUGUAGACCGUGUAUUCACACCACCCGCACAUUUCUACCCAUAACCCACCCGCGCAUCACUGCCCGUAACCCACCCGCAAUUCAAUACGCAUCUAUUCAGUGUCCGGAGUUUGUAGUUUGUCCACGUAACUACAUACUAGUACACUGUGCUCCUGUGUACUCUGUGUUUUCUGUUCAAAGGUGCUCUGCUGUCACAAUGGUUGUUUCAUGUGCUGUCCUUCAUGCUAACGUCACCCGUCGUGUUCCACGGUACUGCAAUGAACUGCAUGUGUACCUGCAUGCUGAACUCUGCAACUCAGUUACAAGUGGUAACUGUAAAUUGAAACCAG